UCUUAAGAGGCGUUUCAUCCCGAGGAGUCACCUGAAACGGUUUUGCGGCUGUUCUGUAUACCUUUGGAUAAUACACACCUGAGUGGACUGAGAUUUUAUUUAUUCGCUGUUCAGCCUGUUGUGCACCGAAAGACUCUCUUUAAUGCCCAUCGCAGCUCUUCGUCGACUGACCGCGCAACUCAGUAACCAACUGCGGGAAACACGUACCGUCAAGUCCAGUUGCGUCUUCGGAGAGAGCGGGACGAUGUCCAGCGCACCCGGACGAGGCCAUGGGGGCCUUAACCAACUAGGCGGUAUGUUUGUGAACGGUCGUCCCCUCCCCGAGGUGAUUCGCCAGCGCAUCGUGGACAUGGCGCACCAGGGCGUCCGUCCCUGUGACAUCUCCCGUCAGCUCCGGGUCAGCCAUGGCUGCGUCAGCAAGAUCCUGGGCCGGUACUACGAGACGGGCAGCAUCAAGCCUGGUGUGAUCGGAGGCUCCAAGCCCAAGGUGGCCACACCCAAGGUGGUGGACAAGAUAGCGGAGUACAAGCGACAGAACCCCACCAUGUUCGCCUGGGAGAUCCGGGACCGCCUGCUGUCCGAGGGCGUUUGUGACAACGACACGGUGCCCAGUGUCAGCUCUAUCAACAGGAUCAUCAGGACCAAGGUGCAGCAGCCAUUCAACCUGCCGCUGGACUCCAAGGGACUGAGCCCUGGUCACAUGCUGAUUCCCAGCUCGGCGGUGACGCCCCCAGAGUCACCCCAGUCUGACUCUCAUGGCUCCACCUACAGCAUCAGUGGGCUGCUGGGCAUCACGCAGGCAGGUCCUGAAGGCAAGAGGAAGCAUGAUGAAACUGACGAGGACAGCUGCCGGCUCAGCCUGGACCCCCAGACCACUAGGGGGAGCUGUAGAAAGCAGCUGAGGCCUGAGCACCUUCCCCCUCUCCACCUGGACGCUCUGGACUGUGGCUUUGAGCACCAUCACUGCCCCCCCGAGGCCUUACCCUCUGGUGGCCAUGGCAAAACUGAGCAGGCCCUAUAUCCGCUAUCGCUCAUCAGCGGCUGCCUGGACGGAGGCAAAGCAAGCUCUCCAGCAGGCCGCAGCCUGGCGGCCCCCCACAGCUACUCCGUGGUGGCAGACCCUCUACAGGCCCCCCCAAUCUGUCUGAAACAGGAAAUGUCCCCAGAAGUGAGCAGCACCAGCGACUCCCCCAGCGGAGUGGACAGCUCCGCCUUCAUGGAGCUCCAGCCAAUCGCAGCUUCCGUUUCUGCUCGCAGCGGCGGGGGUGGCUCCUCCCAUCUCUCUCAUGCUUUCCGUCCAUUCUCCCCUCAUGGCCCAGUGUAUGGGCAGCUCAGCACCCAGUCUCUCAUAGCAGGUAGAGAAAUGAUGGACUCCAGUCUGCCUGGUUACCCUCCUCACAUCCCGGCUAGUGGCCAGCCCAGCUUUACCUCGCCCACCAUCGCCAGCAUGGUUGCAGGUGCUGAUUACUCCGGUCAGGCAGCGUACACACACACCCCGUACGCCUCCUACAGCGACACCUGGAGGUUCACCAACUCUGCCAUUCUUGGGUCACCAUAUUACUACAGCUCAGCCUCACGGACAGCGGCCCCUUCCAGCACAGCCUACGAUCAUCUGUAGGGGUCGGCCCACAGUCCAGGGUCUUGAGCAGCAGUCACCUUGGAUGGUGGUGGGGGGGGGGAACCGCCAAGAGGAACAGGACAUGUUUCUAAAGGCAAAAGACGAGAAGCUGAGCGAAUCAGCGGCCGCAAAAGGAGGCGACAAACCGGAGAAUCAGGCGUGGAGCGGAACAGAUCCGCGGAAUGACUGGAGGUCCACACCUCAAUCGGAAUACCAGGAGACGAUGUCACUGUCACAGACUUCAUUCCUUCAUCUUAUACACAGAGCUGAUGUGUCUGACAGACUUCUGACAUCUAUGGCAUUUUUCUUUAUCAUGGAUCUACAGCAAUCUAAUGAACUCUGAGAGCACACAGACAGCACAACAACACAGUUUCUGACGCUAUGCAGUUUAUAAUCAGCGGCAAAUUAAUCUAAAAAAAAAAAAAAAAGAACAUGAAUGAAAUUUUCUAGUGGAAAGAAAACAUGAUGGACAGACACA